AUGGCUGCACGGGAGGAAGGAGAGGUUUUGCACAGUAAAACAAGGCACCACGACGGAGCUGGAAGUGUAAACAGCUCAGAAGGCUUCAGGAACGGCUAUGUGAAGAGCUGCGUCACCCCCCUGAAACAGGACCAUCAGAGGGGAUUUUUGUUUAGCGUGUGCAGGUUUUGCAACGAAGACAUUCUCAGCUCCAAACUGUUAAAGGUCUCUGCCCUAUACGUGGGCGCUUUUGUGAUUUUCGCGGUCUCCUUUCUAAUUUCCAGGAGCUUGCAAAGUGACUCGCUUUGGGAUUUGCGGACUUUUUUGUCGGGCUUCUCCCAGUCCAUCAGUCCUUUAUUCAGCAUAGGAUGUGCUUUCUUCUUCCUGACACUUUACCUGAGGAGGAAAAAGAAGGAGAGCACCAAAUGCUGGCUGGUGUCACUGCCAGCAUCGUGUUACCUCGGGGAUUUUUUGGUCUUGCGGUUUUUACAAUGGGGAGAGGACCAGCACCAGAUGCAAAUGGUGGGCAGGUUGUUAUUCGUGUUGGGAUGUGUGGGUCUGCUCACGCUGAUCCCAACGCUAAAACUCAAACACAGUGUUCUCAUACUGGUUUUUGCCAGCGUUGUGUGGCUUGUUUCUUUCACAAGUUUGAGCGGUCUGCCCGCACUGCUCAGACCGCUCUUUGCCUGCUUUGCGGGGGUUUCUGGCUCCCUGUUGGGGCUCUGCUUUGACCGCUACUACCCGUCGAGGGAAGCACCGAGUGGGAUUUCCAGCGCGGAGGAAAAGGUCCCUGUGAUCAGACCUAGGAGAAGGUCCAGUUGCGUGUCGCUGGGGGAGACGUCGACCAGCUAUUAUGGCAGUUGUAAAAUGCCUCGCAGACCUUCGUUGCCCUGUAUAUCCAGAGAGCAGCUCUGCUCCCUAACCUGUGCAGUGUAUGUGCAUUUACAACAGGGUGCAGUGAGCGGCAACGGUGUGGACCUUUCAGUCAUCAACGAGGCCAGGAAUCUGGUCUCAGACCUGCUCAUGGACUCGUCGCUGCCUCCACACACUAUCUCAGUUCUGCGCAGCAUCUCCAGCCUCAUGGGGACGUUUUCAGGCUCAUGCCGCCCCAGGGUCAACCCUUUUACCCCCUUUCCAGGUUUCUACUCCUGCGAUGAGGUGGAGGACUCUGUAGAGAGGAGUGAUAGGAAACCUAUUAAGGGUUUGAACAGCAGAAACAGCCUCCCCACCCCUCAGCCGAGGCGUAGUUCCACCUCAUCUGCAUCCUCCACACUCCCUUCUCUUGACUGCGCCUCUUUACGGUGGGAACGUAACAACGGCAAGAGACCCCACCCUGACCUCAACUUGAUCAGCUCAGGUUUGUCCAAUGGGCCUAAUGCAAACCUGCUCACCAUUCCCAAGCAGAGAUCUUCCUCUGUCACCCUCACAUACCAUGCAGGGCCCAGGAGAGCAGGCACAUCACCGAGCCUGAGCCCCGUCACCUCUCCAAGCCACAGUCCUCCCGCUGUGGGCACUGGUUCUUCAUCAUCCCUUGUUCCUCGAUUGCCUGUGGAGUUCCCAGACACGGCUGACUUCUUGACGAAGCCUAGUGUAAAUCUGAACCUGCAUAAACCCUUGGGCUACACAAUAAACUCCCCUGAUUUCCGUAGCUCCGCCUUACUUCUCUGCACCAGCUGUGGUCGUCAGAUGCUCAAGGGCAACAGUGAUACAGGGGAAUCCCAUCAACCGUACACCACUGAGGCUCAGCGGAGACGCUCAGCAGGGGAAGGGCCAGAGUUCAUAGGAGAACCUCUGAUUAGGGAGGAGAGUUCGGAGAUGGAUGUGUCUGAAGAUGGGUGCCCAGACGAUGGGGGGGACCAGAGGCUGACAGAGGAGGAGAAGGAGAAGAGCACGAGCACAGACCAGCAGACUCAGGAAUCAGAGGAUGAACGGGAGUUUAUGCUAGAUCCUAUGCUCGAGGAACACGAGACCCUCAUGGAGAGGAUGAACACCUGGAACUUCCAGAUUUUUGACCUGGUGGACAAAACAGGAGGGAAGACCGGAAGGAUCCUAAGCUAUGUGACAUACACCCUUUUCCAGGAUAUGUGUCUCUUUGAGAUCUUCAAGAUCCCUGUGAGGGAGUUCAUGACAUACUUCUGUGCUCUGGAAAAUGGAUACAGAGACAUUCCUUAUCAUAAUCGGGUACAUGCUACUGAUGUGCUGCACGCUGUUUGGUACCUGACCACUCGACCAAUCCCUGGGUUCCAGCAGAUCCACAGUGAGCAUGUGACUGGGAGUGACACAGAUUCAGAUAGUGGAAUCUCUCCAGGCAGGAUAUCCUACGCCUCGUCCAAGAGCUCCUCAAUUUCAGAUGACAGCUAUGGCUGCCUGUCCUGGAACAUCCCUGCCCUGGAGCUCAUGGCCCUUUAUGUAGCAGCUGCAAUGCACGACUAUGACCACCCUGGUCGCACAAAUGCCUUUCUAGUAGCCACUAAUGCACCUCAGGCUGUGCUGUACAAUGACCGCUCAGUGCUGGAGAACCACCAUGCAGCAUCUGCCUGGAGCCUCUACCUUUCCCAACCUGAGUUCAACUUCCUCGUCAACCUGGAUCACAUGGAAUUCAAGCGUUUUCGUUUCCUCGUCAUCGAGGCUAUACUGGCCACAGACCUCAAGAAGCACUUUGAUUUCCUGGCUGAAUUCAAUUCCAAGGUGAACGAUGUGAACAGUCCAGGAAUUGAUUGGACCAACGAGAACGAUAGACUGCUGGUGUGCCAAGUGUGCAUAAAGUUGGCAGAUAUCAAUGGACCAGCCAAAGUCCGUGACUUGCACCUCAAAUGGACAGAAGGCAUCGUCAAUGAGUUCUACGAACAGGGAGAUGAAGAAUCCAGGUUGGGAUUACCCAUCAGCCCCUUCAUGGACCGCUCCUCCCCUCAGUUGGCCAAGCUGCAGGAGUCCUUCAUCACACACAUUGUAGGACCGCUUUGUAACUCCUACGAUGCUGCUGGCUUACUUCCUGGCCACUGGAUCACUGAAGAGGGGUCGGAUGACGAUGACGAAGAGGGCCAGGUGGACAUCGAAACAGACGAAGAUGAAGAUGAGGAAGAUGAGCUAGAAGAAGAGCUGGCACCAAGAAGGAGGAAAAAACGGCGCAGGUUGUUCUGCAGCAUCAUGCAGCACCUGACAGAGAACCACAAGGUGUGGAAGAAGGUCAUCGAUGAGGAGGAUAAGAGCAAAGAGCUCGCCAAACAGCAGCCGCCAGACAGUUUGCCCACCUCUCCGUCAGAUGACAUCCAGGUCAUCCAAGAGGAGGAAGAGGGGGAGGAGCGUCAGUAGCAGCAAGAGGAGCAGACGCGUGGACAAGAAAAGGAGAGGCAGUACAAGGACACGAGGCCCUCAACCACCUGCCUUUCACCGACUUUAACAUUUGACAAAUGCACAUAAAACACACGUUCCCUCUCUCUUACACACGCCCACACAAACAUAUUGAAAGAUUCACUGUGCUGACACUCAAACGCUUAAGCAGUCACGUUGUUUUUGGAGAAACAAAAAGGCCUUACUACUGUGAGCGGAUCCUUACUGCAACGGUGGGGGCCCAACUCCUAUGCACUUUCACCCCAUGGAGAGUCAAGUGCACCCAGAGAAACGCACCAGGACUGAGGAGGCAGAAGGUGCAGAAAAAGAAGAGCGUGGACUGAUGUCCAGGAUGAACUUGUCCUCCAUGGUAACCUGGCUGUGAUGCUGCCUUGAAUGCAAAGCGCUUAACACUUACCACCUCCCUUAGGUACAAAAACAGUUUCUGUGUAUUUCAAAAGGAAAGGUAGAGGAAACAUACUGAAGCAAAUGACAUCAUGAAAUGGUAGAUACCCUUUACCAAAGGAAAGACAAGAGACUGAAACUGUUUCAGCUUCAAUGUCAGGUAUAUUUUUGAAUUAUAUAUAUAUAUAUACAUAUAUACAUAUAUAUAUCAAAUGUGCCUGUCUGAACCUUUACUAAGUCCAUAUUGGCCCAGAGCCUAGGCUUGUGUAGUUCUCUCCUUGCUGGUGACACGAAACACUGUAUCAGACUCAGUCACAGAGACAGUACUGAAAUGUUGACUGAUUAAUAGCAUUAUAUAUGCAUCAUUUUUGAUGCUUUUACUCAUGCGUACCACCUGUCUUCUUGGGUUUUGUUUUGUUUUGUUUUUCUCUCUCUGUCCUUUGUUUCGUUUGAAUGUGUGAACAUUUUUGUCCGGAAUGUGACGGAGAGAAUGAGCAGGGAGAAAGAGAUCGCAUUUUUAAUUAUUUUAUUAUGUAAUUUGUAUGUAUGUUUGUUUGUCCUGUUAGCAACAGUUGAUUUCUAAUGAGUGAAAUGUCCUCUGGUUGGUGUUUAACAUGUCGCAUUCAGAUCAGGAGUGCCGAUUCAAUGAAUGGAUUCUUCAUUUUCCUUUUUUUUUGAUUCUAAGUAUUUUUUUAAAGGUUACUCAGGAUUCACGCAAAGUUGAAUAAUUAUUUUGCAAGAGUUUAUGUCAUUAAUAUGAAAUACACUUUCAAACGUAAGAAGAUUAAAAAUCUGGGUGACUGAAGUAGUUUGUAAUCUCUCAAUGAACAACUCGACUACAAACAAAUUCAAGCAAUCCUCGAGAAAUCCUCUGUGACAGAGGGACAUGCGGGGUAUGCGCCGUCUCUCGGCCAUUUGCGUAACCUUUUUACAAUCUCACUGGAGAAAGGCCUUUCUUGGUUGUCAGCAGACUGCAAAUGUGUCUUCUGUAGCAGCAGCACAUCAUGCACACAUGCUAUAACAGUGUGUUUGGGUUUGUUUAGGGUUUUUCAAUUGAAUUUUAAAAUGAUUUAAAAUUCAAACUCUCAUUUUAACAGUACAGUAUCUAAAUGCAGACUUUUAGACAAACUUUUCUCUUUUGUUCACACUUAUGACUUGGCCAGUUUGCAAAGAAGGGAUCCAAAGUUUCAUGUCACUUUGGUUUUGUUUCUAUAUAUAUAUACAUAUAAAUAUAUAUUCUAACCUACCAUGAGGAAGGUUAAAGAACUCUUGGCAUUCCACUAGAAUAAGACAUUAUAUCAAAGGGAAGUUAGAACUGUCGCCUAGCUCCUUUCUCACGUUAUUGAAUCAUACUGUUUGGAGAAAAUGUUAAGUAAGCAGUGCAAACUGAGAUAGUAAUAUUUAAAGACACAAAAUAGAUACAGAUGUGCACAUUUUAAUACCAAACAAGUGUUUAGCCGCUGUACAAAAGAGUAUGUGCAUAUAAAGAUAUAUUUUUAAAAUAAUCAAAUGAAUGCAUCUGUUUUCUACACACAGCUGACAUAUUGUACAUUGCGAUCCUGUAAUUACCUUUGUGUUUCCAAAGUUUUUAUCGACUUCUAUUUCCAGGUGUGGAACUGUGGGGCUUGGUGUUUUGAUUUAGAUUUUUUCAUUUUUCCAACUUCAGCGUCUGUCUGUUCUGUAUCAUAACCACUCUUAUAUUCUUCAUCGUCUCUCUCUGUCCCUGUCUUUAUCACCUGACCCAGCUAGUGCCAAACGUUACCUACAUAGAUUAAUUUGUCUGCCGUGAUGAGCUGAUUGGCAAGACACACACACACAAAAAUAAAUUGCUCCGGUACCGUUUGUGAAAAGAAAAAGCAGCUCGUGUCAAAUACUCCACCGGGAUCAAAGUGGCAGUGACAGUGUUAAGAAUAGCGGGUGGACUCAGAGCCAUAAACAAUAUGACAAACAUAAUUUUAUUUUCUUUUUUUUUUCACAUGGACCCGUGCUGGACUAUAAAGCAUCGGUAGCCCCUGACCUGACGUAUUCCAGCUCAUUAAGUUGUAAAAGUUUGUUGGCUUCUCGCUGUGCAGUCCUUCAAACCACAGUGUCCUCUGAUGAUUGUGCCAUAAAUACAUCAAUGAAUGGUUGUUACCCUUAUGUAGCAUCAAUAUACGUACGUUUGUCUAAUGUAACCAUUCACCCUUAUCUACACUGUGGAGGCAACAGAUUUUUGUUGUUAUUUAUAGCUGUCAUAAAACACCAUCCCUCAAGUAUCAGCAGUUCUCAUUGAUUUUUAUUGGUGUCUGUGUUUGUCUGUGUGAGCCCAAAAUAUAUACGCCUUUCUUUUUUUUCUUUUUUUUUGUCCAUGCCACCCCAUAAAAACAGGAGAAUAACCUUAAAGACAUUAGAUAUACCAACUGUGUAUUCACUUCCUCUUAUGGAACAGUACAUGUACAAACUAUGCUUGAUUUAUGAAGGAUCAGGUCACUUCAAUUCCACACAAGAUCAGUAC